UUAUAGUAGGGUUCCUGGGUGGAUCAGGCCACCGGAGACGGGUGAUCUCCCUGCCUCAUUCCUCCACGGCUCUACUCCACCUUUAUACAUAUAUAUGCUCAACAAAGGAGACCAUACAUCAUGUCCUCCUGGACCGAUAUACUCAAUGACCUGAACAGGGACAUCGCCCUCGACAAUCCUACAGAUGUCCUUCAGUGGGGCGCAGAUUGGUUCCAGCACAAGCUCCGUCAAGAGCGACAAAAUUCCAACGCAUCCACAAGGCAAGCCCAUCCCGGCACUCUGGCCUUCAACGCUACCAACUUUGGUAGUCUUCCGCCACACACUCUCUCUCCCUUCUCCGAGAUGGGUCCCUCCGACUCGCCUUUCGGCCCCACAGCUCGCAGAGCCACAGUUCCGACAGAAUCUAAUCUCUCAGUCCAGCCACUGUUCUCCACGCCUUUCAGCGCCUCUUCUGGCGUACUUCGUACUGAUGACCGCAGUCCCUUUAGUGAAGGAGGUGGUAUGCCAUUUGGCAAUUCCCCGUUCGGCGAGAAGUCUCAAUCGCACGGGGCUCAGGAUGAUCCGCCCGUGCCUUCAUACGCUCUCGGCCGGAGGACGUCUGUCUCUGCUGAGUCUCUCGUUCCGACCAGCCAGAGAGCUUACGGACCUACAAGCGGCUUGGAGACCACCAUGGAAGAGGACGAAAAUACGCAUAACCUUAGCUCGGGCACUCCUGUAUUUCCUAAAUCUGAAGAGCAACUUGCCCGCAUUCGUCAAGCUAUCAAGCCCAACUUUCUUUUCCGCAAUCUUGAUGAUGAACAGGAGGCCGAUGUUCUCGCAGCUAUGAAGGAGGUGAAGAUGGACGCCGGUGAAGUGGUCAUCGAGCAAGGUGCUGCCGGUGACUUCUUUUACAUCGUUGAGAAUGGAAGGUUGGAUGUGUUUGUCAACAAGGAAGGGCAGGUGCUUGAUCUGGAAAAGGGAGAUAGACAGGGGUUGGGAAAGAAGGUUGCAGAGUGUUCCGAGGGGAGCUCGUUUGGGGAGUUAGCGUUGAUGCACAAUGCUCCUCGAGCUGCCUCCAUAAUUUCUCUCACCCCUUGUACUCUAUGGGCUCUGGAUCGAGUCUCUUUCCGUACAAUUCUCCUCGACCACACAUCUCGUAAGCGCCGACUAUACGAAUCUUUUCUUUCCGAAGUCCCCAUUCUGGCCUCCCUUCAACCCCAAGAACGCGCCAAAAUUGCGGAUGUUCUCGAAUCUCGUACAUACAAUGAAGGAGAAGACGUCAUUCGUCAGGGCGAUGCAGGCGACGAGUUUUUCCUCAUCGAGAGUGGUAACGCAAUGGCCAUUAAGACCGACGAGGAUGGAAAUCAGUCCGUCGUGAAGCACUUGGGUCAGGGAGAGUACUUUGGUGAACUUGCCCUCCUCAAUCGUAGGACGCGAGCAGCUACUAUACGCGCUGAAGGGCCCGACAAGUUGCGGGUCGCCGCUCUUGGUGAGCAAGCCUUUACUAGGCUACUUGGACCUGUCAAGGACAUCAUGGCAAGAUCUGUCAGUGAGCGUUAUGGAUUUUCGACAGGGAGGGGCUCCAUGUGAAGUCCGUUCCUUUACAGCAAAGUAGAAACGUAAAUUGUCGCCUUUAAGAAAGUUUGUACCAAGUGAUGCAUUGUUUUUAUUUCAA